AAGAGUGAAGGAAAAGUAGGCGAGAGGAAUUCGUACCGAAAAUGAGUUUGAAUCCGCAGUACGACACGAUAGGUAGAUCGUUCGUGCAUCAGUACUACUUACUUUUCGACGAUGCCGCUCAGAGGGCGAACCUGGCCAACUUCUAUAACGAAGAAAAGAGCCUUAUGACAUUUGAAGGUCAGCAGUUAUUUGGAAGAAUAAAAAUAAUGGAAAAAAUUCAAGGUUUGACUUUUCAAAAGAUUCAGCAUCAGAUAACUUCAAUUGAUCCACAGCCAAUGUUUGACGGUGGCAUUUUAAUCUGUGUUUUAGGACAACUUAAAACAGACGAAGAUCCACCACACACCUUCAAUCAAACGUUCGUUCUGAAACCAUUAGGCGAGGGAUUCUACGUGGAACACGACGUGUUUAGGCUAGCAUUGCAUCAUACUGCCUGAGAUUUUGCCAAUAAGUAAUUCAUUGAUAAUGCCUAAGUGUCUUUUUACAUGAAUUUUCAUUCUUUUUUUCCUGUUAAGAGUUGGGUCGACGCUCGGCUUUUCCUCCGCCGGACGGUGCGCCAAUUACAAGAGAGGGGCGUCUGGAACCUUGCAUCCCGGAAAAACAAACAUUAUACCCGCCGGACCCCAGAUUUAAGCAUUUACAAUUCCUCUUUGAAGUCUAAAGGAAUAACAGAGUUGGUGCUACAAAGUGAAAAGUUCCAGUAGUCGUCUUCACUUAGAACAAAAUUCAAAUUGAAAGUCAGUGAAAAGUGAAAACGCAGUCGUCGCCAUCCAUCUAAAUAAAGUCUCGAGCAAAAAACAACAGCAAACGGCAACAAACGUCAUCCACUUUCUGUUCUCCUUGGUUUUAACAGUUGUUCCAAUAAUACGCUAAUACAAUUUAGGACCAAAAG